AUAUCGAUGAAUAGCGGACAUCCCUGUAAGGCGCAUUGCCAAAACGAAGUCAAUUUUUAUUCGAGUUCUGAGUUGAGAGCUAUCCAAACAUAUACAAAUUUGUGAUUUGGUGAAAAUGGAGGCCCACGGCUUGUGUUUAUACAUUAUAUUAUUCUGCAUAGUUUCUAAUCGGCAUGCCGUGCUAUGCACACAUGAAGAAGACAGUUGGAUUGAACCGGACGCUUGGGGACGUGAACAAUCACUUCGGAAUUCUCAUCAAAAAAACAAUUUGGAGAAUGGGGAAUCCUCUUCAGAUUCCAAGUGCAACGUCAUAAUUGGCAGCAGCCACAGUACAGACACCGUCACAUUGAUGUACUACAAGAGGCUCAUUGCGUAUUUGUUUAAUAACGAUUCGCUCAAGUACGAUAAGGAGACUGGGAAAUACAGUCGUGCAAUCAUACUCACCGUCCUUCCCGGUCAAUUAGAAAGAUUAACGAGUUUAAACGAUCCACGCGACUUGGAUAGUGUUCUAACUCAAAUCCUAACAAAAGCGAGAGAACCUAAUCAAGAUGAUUGUUACUACUGCAAUGGCCGUUCUGGACCUGGUAGUAUGGGCAUUUUUGACCUUAUUUGGGAUAUCAUCAAGGAUGUUGCGCAGCUAUUGAAAGCUUCCGAGGUUCAAUUUCUACUGGGAGCAGCUGGUUUGGUAAUGAUUGGAUGGUACUGUCAUCGAAAAUAUAAUAUCGGCAUUAUUUCCAUGAUUAUUGGUGCUGUAAUUUGUUUUGGAUAUUUCCAUACAUAUUUGGAGUGUAAUCGUAAACUGGAAGCUGAACGUUUAUUGGAAAUGCUUGCACGUCAUGAGCAACAGGAACCGUCGGAGCCCAGUUGGUACAGAUCGAUUGUAAACUUUUUUACUUCCAGCGAACAAAGAGAGAAACAAGCGAAGAAGGAAUAUAUAAAGCAAUCGAGUGAACUGAAUUUAGGUUUCUGUCGUCCCGAUCAUGUUUUCCUGAUGUAUGCAAAUGAUUUGUUCCUAAAGCAGUUGGGAUUUUUAAUCGAUAAAUGCGCAGAAACUAUGGAAGUACUUAAAGACAACUUAACNUUUCCCUUCAACUAUUUGGCAUCUGUUCUCUUGGUGGUUUUGAUUGGCUAUAUUGUGAAACUGACUUUCAAGUACAUACUAAGUCCCCGUGCUUGGGCAGGUGUAUGGCAGGCACCUCAAAUAGGUACACACACGACACAUCAUAAUGGGCUUCCCACAGGUACGGCACACCAUGAAGAUCGUCUUUCGGGCGAAAACUUAAGAAUGCUUUUGAAUGCCAUUAGCGGCGGCACGACGACGUCGAACAAGAUUACAAUCAGCAAUACAACUGCCACAGCGCCCUUGACGGAAUCACCGGAAACGACUUCUGGGGUACAAGAGAUACUACUCUCCUUAGAAAACGGUAGUAAUGCUGAUACUGCAUCGGACGAGUCGUCCAUGUCAGAGGCAGCAGCACAGAAGUCAAAGCACAACUCGCCACACAAGCAAGUAGAUGAAACCGAUAAUAAUAAUGGAGUUGAAAAUCAAUUUGAUGUAUCAGAUGACGGUGAUAAGUCAGAAACAGUUAAUGGCGUUUUUUGUUCUACAAAAAAAGUUGCCUAUCCAUUGCCAUAUCCUUAGUAUUUGUGCGUAAGGCACUGCGAACGCAAAAUUUUUUAGUAGAAAGGAAAAUGCCAUAGGCUGCAGUAUGAAUUGUAUGAAAAAGCGUAGCAUUUGUAUUGCUAUUGCUAAGACAUUGGUUUUUAUAAUUUAUACUUUCUAUUUAUUUAAAUGAAAUUUUUUUCCUUAGAUGCAUCGCAACAAAAAAGAUUAAAAACGCUUAAGUGGUUUAAGGUAUUCACUAAAUUUGUAUUCAGUAACGCCGCCAAGCGAAAGUCAGUUAAUUAAUUUUAAUAUAAUAUAAGAAGGCAAAGUAAGAUAUUGUAAGUUACUGCAACGUAACCAAGUAAAGUAUAAAAUAGUGUGAUACGCGUAUAUUGUGUUAAUGCUAGAAGCUAUUUUUUUUAUUAUUUCUGAACAAAUAUUGUAACUAUUUUAAAAAGAAAGGCAACUAUAAUUGUGUGUUACCUCGAAUUUAGCAAAAAAAACGCAAAUAAAAGUGAAUUAAAAUGGUAAUACUACUUUUGGAUUGUCCAUCAAAUAACAAACAACGUUAAAUUUUAAUUCGAUUAUUAGAUUUUUAUUUCAACUAUUAUUUUUAAAUCUGUUUGUCACAAUGUUUAAUAUAUAUGUAUAUUUAUGUUUCCAUCUGUUCAUAUGUGUUUAGAUAAGUCUAGUAUUCAUGUGAGGUGUAUGUAUAUUUACCGCCAUUAAGUACAAUACACACGUACGCUUUGCUUAAAAUCUUUCCAUGUAAGUAUCGAUAACAUAUGUACAUACAUAUGUUGUAUGAUUUCUGUUAUACAUAUACAUAUGUAUGUAUUUGUUUUGUAUAAGUUUUUCUUAUGUUAUUUAAUUGUUUGCGUACUUAAAUUCAUUUAUUUCAAAUAUGCAUGUAUAUAGCAAAUAAUGCGCUUUGCUUAAUCUGUAUACAACAGCUUUAGAAAAAAAUAUAAUACUUAUGUGAGUGUGCUUUUAUUACUUCUAAAUAUGUUAAAUAUGUAGUACAAGUUGUUUUAAUUUUACAACGCUUUUAUUUAUAUAUAUAUGUAUAUUUGCAACCACUUACAUUCAUACAUAUUAUCAAAUUCAAUAAUUAUAUGGCUUGAAAUCUAUGAAAUGCAGAGCCAGCGAAUGCGUUAAAGCACAAAUGAAAUAUUACGUACUUAACUUUUACAUGCAUGUCGAUCAUAAAUAAAAAAUGCAAUUGCAAGAUUUCACAUUUUA